AACUUAUAAGGUAGCUGUUAUCUAUUGAAGUAAAAUUGAGGAUAGGAAACUAGAGACAAGGAAAGUAAGUUGCCAAUAUUAUUUGGUAAAUAAACAGACCCAAAAUUUGAACCCAUUUCAUCUGUGUAUAAAGACUUUUACCUUCUGGGCAACACCACCUACUGUAGUUUUAUGGGUAUGAUGUUGCAAACUAGGUAGAAAUCAAAGUAAAGAGUUAUGGACAAUAUGGUUGAGAGGAGCUGGGGAUAAUUCAGAUUGUAGGUUGAAUCGAAUCAAACUUUCUUUUCUUUCCUCUAUAGGUGUCUGCCUCCUCUGGUGCAACUGGCAAGUCUUCUAGUAUGAAUACCACAGGAACCAAGGCUGUGAAAACAGAGCCUGAGAAGAAGCCACAAUCAGCUAAGCCCCCAGUGGUUCAUGAGAAAAAAUCCCAAGAAGGAAAGCCAAAGGAGCACACAGAGUCAAAGAGGCUCCCCAGGCAUGCACCAGAUACAAGAAGCAAACAUGCUCAAAAUGAAAAAGCAGUUUCCAGAUCAAAUGAGCAGCUGACAUCAGAGAAAACAACAGAGCCAAAGACUAAAUCACAAGACACUACUUCUGCCAGUGGAGAAAGUGUCAUUGCUGGUGUAGCUGCAAUAUCUGACAAACCAGAUGGCAAGACUAAAUCACAAGACACUACUUCUGCCAGUGGAGAAAGUGUCAUUGCUGGUGUAGCUGCAAUAUCUGACAAACCAGAUGGCAAGAAAAAAGAAAAGAAAUCGUUAACUCCAGCUGUGCCCGUUGCAGCCAAACCGGACAAACCAUCUGGAAGGUAUGAAAGUCUCAGUGCUCUCCUGCAUAAGAUAUCAGGCAUGGAUUCUGCUUUGGAUGACUUGAUAGACACUUUAGGAGGACCUGAAGAAACUAAUGAAGAGAAUACAACGUAUACGGGACCAGUGGUUUCGGAUCCAAUGAGUUCUACCUACAUUGAGGAAUUGGGCAAAAGAGAAGUCACAAUUCCUCCAAAAUAUAGAGAACUAUUGGCUAAAAAGGAAGGAACCACAGGGCCUCCUCCAGACUCUUCGAAAUCCAUGGGGCCAGACGAUGCCAUCGAUGCCUUGUCAUCUGACUUUACCUGUAGUUCUCCUACCACUGGUGGAAAAUCUGAGAAAGAGAAAUCUUCAGAAGUCUUAAAAGCUGAGUCAGCUAGGGUAAUCAGAAGUACUGCUCCACCCCAGGAGAAAAAGAAAGGUGGAAGAGGUACCAAUAAGGAUGCCAUGAGUGAUCAAGCACUUGAGGCUUUGUCAGCUUCACUGGGUACCCGGAAAUCAGACCCUGAGAUCGACCUCAGCUCCAUUAAGGAAGCCGAUGAGCCAAAAGCUAAAGAAGAAAAUCUAGAGAAGUGUGGUGAGGAUGAAGAAACAAUUCCAUCGGAGUACAGACUAAAACCAGUCACGGAUAAAGAUGGAAAACCACUGUUCCCAGAGCCUGAAGAAAAAUCCAAGCCCCUGAGUGAAUCAGAGCUCAUUGAUGAACUUUCGAAAGAUUUCAAUCAGUCUGAAUGUAAAGAAAAACAUUCCAAGCCAACUGAAAAAACAGAAAAAUCUAAGGCCACUGUCCCAGCUCCUGUAGCAGAGGUUGUGUCUCAGACCUCCAUGUGUAGUAUACAGUCAGCACCACCCAAGCCAACUUCCCUGGUGAGUGACUCCUUGGCAUUG